CGUUUUUGACUAUACAUGUGUUUGCAUCCCUGUUUGCUGAUCCCCGUAAAUUAAAGUUAGUUGCACCAGUAAAACCAAUUAAAAAGUUAGUCUGGAACCAUUGGAAAAUUAUGAACAACCAGCACUUCAUAAUUAAUAAUACUGCUAUGUAGACUAUAUGAUGGGAAUCUUUCCUAAUAUUUAUUAGUUUUAUAUAGUGUAAACUGAAAUAUUAUACUUUGUUUUACAGAGAAGGCAUGAGACACAUAUGGAGAAAUACUCCAAACUGACUUCAACAGCCUGCAAGAGGCCAUCGGAUGGUGGAACAGGCUUCAAGGGGAAGCAAAUUAAGCUGUUGGAGACCAAGCAGGUGUCUCAGAAGACGGUUGAUCAGGCUAUCCUCCGCUUCAUCGUUCAAGGUCUCCAGCCCUUCUCCCUGGUUGAGAAACCAUCCUUUCAAGACCUUAUUGUAGAAUUGCAACCGAGAAGUGCUGUCAUGUCCCGCACAACUGUGCGGCGUAAGAUUGAUUCAGCUACAUCUAAAAUGAAAGAAAGUCUCAAGAACGUAAUGAAAGAGGUACCAUACAUUGCCACCACUACUGAUUGUUGGACGGCCAGGAGAAGAAGCUUUAUAGGUGUAACAGCCCACUGGCUCGAUCCUUGCAGUUUUGAACGCCGUUCAGCUGCCCUUGCUUGCCGUCAACUAAGAGGCUCCCACACAUUCGAUGCCUUGGCAGCUGUUUUGACCGACAUUCAUGCCGAGUAUGAAAUAAGUCUAAAGGUUGUUAGAACUACAACAGACAACGGGUCGAAUUUCGUCAAAGCGUUCCGUGUCUUUGGUCAGCAGGACGAAAAUAACAAUGAAGAGUUAGUUGCAGAAGGCACAAUCGAAGAAGUAGGAGAAGAUUGUGAUGCAUCUGAUGGUGAAGAGGAGGUGGAACUCAUUGAUGUGGAAGCCAUUCUGGAGGAAGAUGAUGGGCUUCAGUAUCAGCUGCCGAAACAUCAUCGGUGUGCAUGUCAUUUACUAAAUUUAGUUUCCACAGUCGAUGUUGAUAAGGCUAAUACGACAGAAGCUUACAAGAAAUUGUCCAGAUCAGCCUUUUCUAAGUGUCAGGCACUCUGGAAUAAAGCAUCAAGGUCUCCUCAAAAUGCUGAGCUUAUAGAGGAACACUGUAAGCUUCACUUGGUACAGCCUAAUUCAACUCGAUGGAACUCGUCUUUCAUGGCCGUGGAACGUGUGGUCAGAAUCAUUAAAGACCAAGGACAGGGGUCUGUGAGAACGGUCUGUGCUGCACUCAAUGUUCCAAUGUACAGUCCGGCUGACAUAGCCUUUUCAGGGGAAUAUGUCACCACCAUGAGUCCAGUUGCGAAGUCCUUGAACAUACUACAAGGUGAAGUCAACAUUCAGAUGGGCUGGCUGCUCCCGACAAUCACCACCCUCACAACCAAGCUUGAAAAGUCCAGACCGUCACUCAGAUUUUGCAAGCCACUUGUUGAUGCUCUUCUUGAAGGUUUGAGGAAGCGGUUUGAGAGCAUGAUGUCAGAGCCAGAGCUAAUUGCAGCAGCCAUACUUGUUCCAAGGUUCAAAACCUCCUGGACCAGCAAUGACACAGUCCUACAGCUUGGCCUUAGUUACAUCAAGACACAUCUGCCAGAACAUGAUGAAGGUCUUCGGUCUCCUGAUACCACAGCAUCCUCUUCUGAAGAUGAUGACUUCUUCUCCAAUGUCAAGCCGACACAUUCCAAUGAGAUAAGUCAGCAACUUGAUGGAUACCUAGCCGCUACAGCUGAUGGAGUGAAUACACUGGCCCCCUAUCCAGCUGUGCGUAACCUCUCACUAAAGCUCAACACAGCCCUGCCAGCUUCAGCAGCGUGUGAAAGGCUUUUUAGCAUUGCCGGUUUGCUUUUCACCCCAAGAAGGGGAUCAAUUCAUUCACAGAAUUUUGAGAACCAACUUCUCCUCAAGUUGAACAAGGAGUUCAUGAAAUUUGAUUGAACUGAAGUACAACACACACACACACACACACACACACACACACACACACACACACACACACACACACACACACACACACACACACACACACACACA